AUGAACGCAGAUACCGGGAAACCCGGGCUAGUUUCAAUACCGAACUGUAGCGCCCUUUCGGUGCCUAGCUGCCAUGCCACCCGAAGGAAGCACGAGGGCUGGGAUACUGUCAGGUUGCCCAAGCCUAGACAGGGGAAGUCGAGUGGCGGAGGUGGGGGUCGAACGAACAUUGCCAACUACAUGGACUUCUUGAAAGAGGUGAAAAUUUGGCAACUCAUUUGCAUUACAGAUACGACAGGUUCGUGCACCAGUAACAACUUUUCGGUGCCAAGUUGCCAGGCCACCCGAAGGAAACACGAUUCUGCCAGGUUGCCCAAGCCUAGACAGGUGAAGUCGAGAUGGAGAGGUCGGAUUCAAACAACGGAUCUUCCGGAGCAUGACCCUACAUAUUGUGGAUGCAAAGUGCAUACCAAAGGACGGGAUGACUCUGGUCAGUUCUUCCAAAAACGCCUGCACUUCUUCGGAGACGAGAACAAUAUUGUCCGCAUAUUCCAGGUCAACCAGGCUUUCAUCAAAGGCCGUCUGAACACUGGGCUUUUAAAGACUUUUCAGCUUUCUUCCCAUUAUUGCAUCCAUCACGAAAUAAAAUCUGACUGCAGAGCCCGAGCACCCCUGACAGAAGCUUUUAAAGAGCUCUUCGUAUGCUCUCCCACACUCGAAAGUCUGAGAAUACAAAACCUUAUUACGUUCUCAAACCUCCGAUGCAUUCCUUGA